AUGGAAGAAAGGCUCAGAAGAAGAAACAAUAAUGUCAUCAAGAAGCUUCAAAUUCGCGAGAUUUCUUCAAUGCCGCAUCGUGCUUUUGCUGCUGCCACUGCUUUUCAUAGAUUCCGCAGCAUGCGCUUGACGCAGGAAUAUGAGACUCUUGAUGAUCCCUUCAAGACUCAAUCUACCCUUUUGCCCUUCCUGAUGAAAAGAACUAGAGUUUCCGAAAUUAUAGCUGCCAAGAAUGUGGUCUUUGUUCGUUUCCAUUCUGGUUUGUGUUCAGCUUUUAGUAGAGAAACCAAUGAGAGGAUUUGCAUUUUGAACCUCAGCCCCGAUGAAGCCAUUCACAGCCUCUUCUACAAUAAGAACAACGACUCGCUUAUUUCUGUCUCCGGUUAUGGUUCUGAGAACUUUGGCACUUUGAAAUGCAGAUCCACAAAGAUUGAAUACCUACGGAUGGGCAAGGCGGAUGCCGGGUUUCCUCUUCUACAGUCUGAAUCUUUGAAAUGGCCAGGAUAUAUAGAGUUUAAUGCUGCCAAUGGAAAGAUCUUAACUCACUCUGCACAUGAUAGUGUUUACAAGGUCUUUGAUCUCAAAGACUACACCAUGCUAUACUCGAUUUCAGAUAGGCAUGUUAAAGAAAUCAAGAUCUGUCCUGGAGUUAUGUUACUAAUUUCCUAUAGAGUCUGUGAUCAUAUUCCCCUCUUGAUUGUGUCCAUUGAAGAUGGCACAGUUCUCAAGGUGUUCAACCAUAUUCUUCAAAGUAAUAAGGUGGUCCUCAUCGAGUCAUGUAAUGAAAAGCUUCUAGUCAAGCAAGAAAAUAAGAACCUUCAGAUUCUAGAUGUUCCAAAGGCCGAGCUGAUGGAGGUAAACACAGCAGCGUUCAGGAGUCCAUCAUCAUUUAUUUUUCUGUACCAGAGUCAGUUGUUCCUUGCUAUCAGAAAUCAUACAAUUUCUGUUUGGAACUUUCGCGGGGAGCUUGUGACUGCAUUUGACGAUCACCAGUUGUGGCAUGCAGGCUACAAAACAAAUGACACACACAUAAUAAUUGACCAGGAUCUCAUUAUCUCUUACUGCAAGGCAUAUCCUGAUGACCAACGGAUGGAAGGCAAAGAUGCUGGAUCCAUUAAUGUCAGCAAUAUCUUGGAUGGGACAUGUGUGGCUAAAAUUGAUGCAAGAAGUAGCAGCAUCAAGGCUAAAGAGUGCAGCAGCAGUAGUUUCUGCGAGCAUAGUCAUUCAUUCAUAGUUAGUUCAGUUACAGAGGCUUUGGAGGACAUCACUGCCCUCACUUAUGAUGAAGAUAGAAAUGAGAUAUAUACGGGUAAUAGAUAUGGUCUUGUUCAUGUAUGGUCAAACUCAUGAUUGCAACCCCUUUUGAUGGUUCGAUGAAA